AUGGUGUAUAGAAAUGCUUCCAUGCAAGACGAUACAAUUCGUAAAGGUCCUUGGGUUGAAGAAGAAGACGAGCGGUUAGCCAUGUUCGUGACUGUUAUGGGUGAACGUCGAUGGGAUUCUAUAGCAAAAGCUUCAGGACUUAAGAGGAGUGGAAAAAGUUGCAGACUUCGAUGGAUGAAUUAUCUGCGCCCGGAUCUUAAACACGGUCAGAUGACCAUCGAAGAAGAGCAUAUGAUUCUUCAGCUUCAUGAACGCUGGGGUAACAAGUGGUCAAGGAUUGCUCGUAGGUUGCCAGGAAGAACUGAUAAUGAGAUUAAAAACUACUGGAGAACUCAUCUGAGAAAGAGAGCUCAAGAACAAGAACAAGAGAAGGUGCAAAGAGAGAUAGAAAUUGCCAUGAGCAGUAAGCCAGAAAAGACUAUGCUAAGACAAGAUAGUGAUUUAAGCUCUCAAUCAACUACUAGCUAUGAAUCUAGUAAUGGGUCCGGUGGGGACAAUAAGAUGAUAAUGUCAGAGGAUGUCUUUGUUUCUUCGGAUUACCCAUUUACAAUGUCACCUUAUGAAACUCGGUUGUCAGAUUGGAUAUCGGGAUCAUCCUCAAACAACCAAACAGAUACGUUUAAAGAUCAGAAUGUGAGCAGUGUUGAGGAUUCUUGGUUUCGUUACCCAGCAGCUGGAGAGACUGAUGUGGAUUCUAUUUUUGAUGCUACGCCUCAAGUAGUUAUAGAAUAUGACAAUAAGAAGCUUGAAAUUAUCCCUUUUGAUCUUAAGAUUAAGAAUGUUGUUUUUGAGUUAAAUCCUGAAGGUGCUCCUGAUCUUGAUGGCUUCUCUGGAGAUUUCUAUAAAGCUGCUUGGAAACUUAUACAUGAUGAUUUGAUUGCUGCUAUAAGGUGCCCUUAUCCAACAGUUUUAAUGAUGGAUCUCUUCUAUGUUGAUAAACUUCCUACUUAUCAUUAUGGUGAUGAUCUUUUGAUUUGGAGUGGUAGUCAAGAUGAAAAUGCCUAA